GUUUGUUCCUUUUUCUUAUAGCUUACUAUUAAAUCAUUUCUUAAAGUUACCAAACUCGUUCUGGUCGGACGUUGAGAUUCAGUCGGGGAAGUCUCCAUCUCUCGGGCCGGCGGCCGACGCCGACGCAGUCCAAAGAAACGAGCCUACAGCUCUCUCUCUCUCUCUCUCUCUCUCAGUCCGGCGACACAGGGUCUCUCUGUCUCUCAGUCCACCGAUCAGCUCACGGUCUCUCGACUACAAACUACAAAGUCUCAAAUUCAGAGCACAAAACCGACCCAAUAGCGUUGAGACAAUGAAUACAAUGUCAUCAGCCGUUAUGGAUAUAGUCAACACUACAUUGGAUUGGGUGACAUUGGCUUUUGAGGUUCCUUUUGCUCGAGCUUUUGUUUUUGGAGUGCACAUUCAUGGGCAUUUAUUUGUGGAGGGCCUUCUUGUAGUGGUUAUUCUGUUUCUACUUUCCCAAAAAAGUUACAAGCCCCCUAAACGGCCCCUUACAAAGAAGGAAAUAGAUGAGCUAUGUGAUGAGUGGGUUCCAGAAUCUCUUAUACCUCCACUUACAGAAGAGAUGCGAUAUGAGCCUCCCGUAUUGGAAAGUGCUGCCGGGCCACAUACAAUAAUCAACGGCAAAGAAGUUGUGAACUUUGCUUCAGCAAAUUACCUAAAAAAUAAAAAAUAA